UUGGAGUCCCGUUUGCUCGGCGGCAGUGGUCUCUCGCCAUGGCGGCACCCACCGUCUUGGGAGUGGAAGAGGGUCACGCAGAGGAGGUGCUCGCGUCCCAAGAGUCUGUGGAGAACAAGAAUCUCCUGGGCAAUGGCUAUUCAGAGAGGGACGGGAAUGAUGCCUGUUGCCGGAGGCGCGUCUCGUGGCUGCUUUGCUGCAGCCUGCUUGCAGUAUUGCUGCUCCUUUCACUGGCUUUUGACCAAGACCUGUGGGCAAGGAUCCAUGAUUGGGCGCAGCUUUUCGAACGAAGUGAUUCCACUCCGAGUUCGCCCAGCGAGACCUUCCCGCUGGACCCAGCCGAGCAAAUCUCCAGCGAGACCUUCCAGCAGUCGCCGCAGGUGGCUGCGGCCCGGGCGCGAGAAGACCCACGGCGGAUCCCCAACGCCACGUUGAGCACCUUGCCCUGGGUGGUGCAUCGCUUUGCUAAGCCACAGGCUGCGCCCCACAUGUGUCUGCAGUGCUUGAUGAUUCCAGGAGUGACGAAGCAGAUUCUGAAGGAUGCUUUGAGGUUGCAGGUAGAAUAUGCUCGGCGCCACAGCUACGACCUCUACACUUAUGUGGAUGAUACAGAUAUGCUAAAGACUGGCAGAAGCCCUCUUUGGUACAAAAUUCGGUCGACUCAGUAUUUGAUCGAUAGCGGUACUACUGGCUGCGACUACAUCUUUUGGAUGGACUCAGCUGCGGUCAUUAUGAACAUGUCCUUUUCUCUUGAGAGUCUUAUUCACUGGAAUGGCAUGCAGGACACUGAUGUCGUUGUAUCUGGGGACACGUUGGCCGUGAACUUGGCACAGAGUCUCUGGAAGUUCUCCGGGUUCAGUCGCGACUUAUUGGAAGACAUGUGGAACAUCGGCGAUGUCAAGUUGAAUGAAACGGGAUCCAUCAAUGUGAUUCUUGGUGGAUGCCAGCCGAAGGACUCACAGGAUCAGAAAGUGACAUGCUACAACACCAUGGGCAAAGGCCAGCAGAACCGCGACUUUGCCCGAGAUGUGGUCUAUCCUGGUGACAACCAUAGGAUCGCAGAGCUGGUGGUGAAUAAGAGCAUGUUGGCUCAUAUGAAGUGGGUGCCUAAACGCACGAUCAAUGCCUAUCCCUAUGGCUUACUUGGAGGUCGUUUUAAGUUGGGCGAUGGCGACUUCCUCGUCAACUGUCCCAGUGUAAAAGGCCAGCAGAUGUUGUCCAGUUUUGUCUCCAGCGCUUUGCAGUCUGCAGGGCUGGAAGAAGCUCUUGAGCUUCUUCCGGGUGGCACGGAUGCAGUUGAUGAGGGGCCCGAUGUGGAGCAGAAGCCGAAGGACCAAGGGAAGGACGAACUGGCAAGCCCUCGAGUGCGUGGUAAGAAAGACCCCAGAACAAUCCCCAACGCCACGUUGAGCACCUUGCCCUGGGUGGUGCAUCGCUUUGCUAAGCCACAGGCUGCGCCCCACAUGUGUCUGCAGUGCUUGAUGAUUCCAGGAGUGACGAAGCAGAUUCUGAAGGAUGCUUUGAGGUUGCAGGUAGAAUAUGCUCGGCGCCACGGCUACGACCUCUACACUUAUGUGGAUGAUAUAGAUAUGCUAAAGACUGGCAGAAGCCCUCUUUGGUACAAAAUUCGGUCGACUCAGUAUUUGAUCGAUAGCGGUACCACUGGCUGUGACUACAUCUUUUGGAUGGACUCUGAUGCGGUCAUUAUGAACAUGUCCUUUUCUCUUGAGAGUCUUAUUCACUGGAAUGGCAUGCAGGACACUGAUGUCGUUGUAUCUGGGGACACGUUGGCCGUGAACUUGGCACAGAGUCUCUGGAAGUUCUCCGGGUUCAGUCGCGACUUAUUGGAAGACAUGUGGAACAUCGGCAACGGAGCAAAAGUACAUUUGGAGGAAACAGGAUCUAUCAAUGUUAUUCUGGGUGGGUGUCAGCCGAAUGAUCCACAAAAACGCAAGAAUGCCUGUUACGACAAGAUGGACCGCUGGUUUAACCUCAAGUUUGCACAGCAAGUAUACUUUCCGGCCAACAACACGAUGAUUGCAGAAGUGGUUGUGAAUAAGAGCUUACUGCCCCACAUGAAGUGGGUUCCAAAGCGCACCAUGAAUUCUUAUCCCUACGGAGUCUACUUUGGCCAGUACCAGCUGGGAGACAGCGAUUUCAUUGUACACUGUCCGAGCCGCAAAGGGAAGAUGGUCUUGCGUGAAUAUAUGGACAUGGGUCUUCAGGCUGCGGGGCUGCAGAUUGAUCUCGGCGCUCUCGGACGGAAAGACCCCUCCUCGAUUCCCAACGCCACGCUGAGCAGUACACCCUGGGUGAUCCACCGCUUUGCGGCGCCAUCGUCGAAGCCGCACAUCUGCUUGCAGUGCCUCAUGGAGAAAGGCUUCGCGGAAAAGGAUCUCUUUGACGUCAUGAGGUUGCAGGUGGAGUAUGCUCGUCGUCACGGCUACGACCUUUACACCAUUGUGAACGAGAAGACGCAUCGCACCUUAAACCCGGCUCGCUCCAGCCAGCUGCUCAUGAGCGGCGGCACCGGAUGCGACUACAUCUUCUGGGUCGAAAAGAACGCGGUGAUUCUGGACAUGAACUUCCGCCUGGAAGGUCUGAUCAACUGGAAAGGCUUGCCUGAUACAGACCUGGUCGUGGUGGGUACCGAGAAGGAGGCUGUGAACUUUGGCGCGGUGCUUUGGAAGGUCAGUGAUUUUAAUCUGCAGCUCUUCAAGGACCUCGAAGACUUCGGUCCGGUGGUUGACUCCAAUGGCGAUGCCUUGAGCGGCGCGAUGAACGCCAUGCUGGGUGGUUGUGGGAAGCAGAACAGCUACGCCGAGAAGCAAACAUGUCGGAAGUUGCAGAUUUCAGAAGACCUGAUUCUGAGAGGUGACACGGUGGAGAUUGCCAAGGAGCUUUCGAAUAAGAGCCUCUUGACACAUGUGAAGUGGACUCCGAAGAGGCUACUUUUGGCGCAUCCAGCCACCGUGGGCUUCCCCAAAGGAGAGCACGAGUGGGACGAUCCGGACUUCUUGGUUCACUGCCCUGGCAUUUGGGGAAGCAAAGCCAUCAGGCGCUUCUUGGACGCGAAACUGGUGCAGUUCGGUCUGGACCCGCCGCCCGAGGAUCCGGGCGCCGCGGGGCGCAGGGACCCCACGGUGAUCCCGAACGCGACGCUGACCAGCAUCCCUUGGGUGGUGCACAGGUUUGCCAAGCCUGGGGCUUCUCCACAUAUGUGUAUGCAGUGCCUGAUGAUCCCGAGUGUGAGCAAGAAGAGUCUGCAGGAUGUUUUAAGACUGCAAGUGGAAUAUGCUCGGCGCCAUGGCUACGAUCUCUAUACGUUUAUCGACGAAAGGGAUCGAGCAUCGACUGGCAGAAGCCCGCUUUGGUACAAAAUCAAGUCCACCAUAUAUUUGAUUGACAGUGGCACCACUGGCUGUGACUACAUCUUUUGGAUGGACUCAGAUACAGUGAUCAACAACAUGUCCUUUUCUCUUGAGAGUUUGAUUCACUGGAAUGGAAUGCAGGACACUGAUGUGGUGGUCGCCGGUGACACCUUGGCGGUCAAUUUGGCACAGAGUCUCUGGAAGUUCUCCCGCUUCAGCCGAGACCUCUUGCAAGAUAUGUGGCACAUUGGCAGUGUUCCGCUGGAGGAGACUGGAUCCAUCAAUGUGAUUCUGGGAGGAUGUCAGCCGCUGGAUAACAAGACUCAAAAGAGAAGCUGCUACAACCACAUGGAUGAGGGUUGGCGGAACAAAACCUUUGCACAAGAAGUCGUUUUUCCUGGAAACGAUCCGCGGAUUCGGGAGUUGGUGGUGAACAAGAGCUUGCUGCCACACAUCAAGUGGGUUCCAAAGCGGACCAUCAAUGCCUAUCCCAAGGGCCUCUAUGGAGGCCAGCAUGGAAAGGGGGAUGGCGAUUUCAUCGUGCACUGUCCCAGUAGGGCAGGAAAGAUGAUACUGAGCGGCUUCAUUACGACAGCUCUGCAGAAUGCUGGCCUCAAGCCAUGAACCACCCAAUGACGAUUUUCACGCCCAAUUUCCACAGAUGCCUUGGUUGGACAGUCCCUCUUGGGAGAACUGUAGCCGGAGUGGUGUCGAAAGCCGGAUGCCGGUCCAAAGACGGCCGAAGGUCUGGUGUGCGAAGACCCAAAGUGGUCCAAGAGGCACGAGGUCGGCUCAAUCCUGCAGGGCUCGAGGCUCUGAGGGCUCAGUCAGGCCGGUUGGAUCUCAGUCGGGACCAAAAAUUGAAAGCUUUUCAAUGGAAGAAAAGCUCUGUUU